AUGGAGUUCUUCACGCAGAAGCAGAUUGAUGAGAUACGCGAGUGUUUCAACUUCUACAGUCAAGACGGUCUGGUACAUUCUGUGCCUCAGUUGCGAUGCAUUCUACGCAGUCUUGGUUACUCGCCAACCGCUUCCAAAACUGUAACGUAUUUUGAAGAAACAAAGCAUCCAUUGGAUUUCGCUUCAUUUCUUGAGAUUGCAAAAGAGGAACAUAAUAGCAGUGAUGAACUAGCAGAAAUUACCAAGGCAUUGAAGGCACUCUAUAGAGAUGGAAUGUUUUCGAUGCCGAUCAGUGAAUUUCGCUCUAUACUCACAUCAAUCGGUGAGCGUAUGAGUCACCAAGAGAUCGAUAGUUUGUUAGAACAGGUUGCCGUCGGAGACAUGGUACCGCAUCAGAAACUUAUUCAGUACAUCUCGAAGUAG